AUGACGGGCUUGGGGAACUCCAAAGUGGCCGACGCCAAUGAGAUGGUAAGUCAGCAACACGGUCAAGAUGGUGAGGAGCUUGGGGCCAUGGAGGAAGUUGGUGGGUUGAAGCGUCAUCUCAACCGCCGUCAGGUCGACAUGAUUGCAAUCGGCGGUUCUAUCGGCACUGCGUUGUUUAUCUCUAUCGGCUACGGCCUCAUAGAAGGUGGCCCUGGGAGCCUCUUUAUCUCAUUUUGUAUUUACUCCUGCUUUCUGGCCUGUGUCAACAACUGCAUGGCCGAGAUGUCGACUUUCAUGCCAGUCAGUGGUGGUUUCAUCCGCAUGGGCUCGAAAUGGGUCGAUGAAGCUUUCGGCUUCAUGAUUGGAUGGAACUUUUUCCUGUAUGAAGCAGCUGCUGUGCCAUAUGAGAUCUCAGCUCUGAGUCUUGUCCUGACGUUCUGGACCGACAAGAUACCAAUCGUGGCAGUCUGCAUGGCAUGCAUUGUUCUUUACGGCAUCAUCAACUUGUUCACCGUCAAGUGGUACGGUGAAGCAGAGUUCUGGUUAUCAACGGGCAAAGUUAUCUUGAUUGGUCUCCUGUUCGCUGUGACGCUUAUCACCAUGUGUGGUGGGAACCCCAAGCAUGAUGCUUAUGGAUUUCGCUACUGGAGAAACCCGGGCGCCUUCGCUGAAUACAUUGAUACUGGAAACCUAGGCCGAUUCGAGGGAUUCCUUGCUGCAUUCUUUUUAGCGGCCUUUGUCGUCGUGGGACCCGAAUAUAUGGCAAUGGUGGCGGGAGAGACGGCAAACCCGCGCAAGAACAUCAAGAGAGCCUUCAAAACAGUUUACAUUCGAUUCGGGGUGUUCUUCAUCGGUGGUGCGCUGUGCGUUGGCAUCGUGGUUCCAUGGAAUGACCCCACGCUCAACGGUAUUCUCAAGGGCACCACCGCUGGCGCUGGGACUGGUGCAGCAUCCCCUUACGUUAUUGCAAUACAAAAUCUCGGUAUCAGUACUCUGCCGAGUAUUGUAAAUGCUCUACUUCUCACCAGUAUCUUUUCUGCUGGAAACACCUUGACUUACUGCGCAACCCGGGCGCUCCACGGCCUCGCCGUGGAUGGUCAUGCGCCAUCGUUCCUUAAGAAGUGCACCAAGUCAGGCGUUCCAAUAUAUUGUUUCGGCAUAACCAUGCUUUUCCCUCUGCUAUCACUCCUUGCUAUCAAAGCCAGUACAGCCCAAGUUAUAUUAUGGCUUGCAAAUCUCACCCAGGCUUCUCAGGUCAUCGACUACAUCAGCAUGUGUGUCAUUUAUCUGUUCUUCUACCGGGCUCUGAAAGUCCAGGGGAUCGACAGGAAGACGCUGCCCUACGUUGGUUGGUGGCAACCAUACUGCGGCUGGGUGGGGCUUAUUACACUGUCCAUCACCGUGGUCAUUUAUGGCUACUCGGUGUUCAAGCCUAGCUAUUGGAAUAUUGGAACAUUUUUCUCCUUUUACACCAUGAUAUUCCUAUGCAUCAUCCUAUAUUGUUUUUGGAAAGCCUUCAAGAGAACGACUAUAGUCAAGGCCUACGAGGCAGAUCUUGUCUGGGAGCGACCGAGCAUCGAUGCCCAUGAGCUAGCCUAUGUGGAGCCAAAAAUUACGUUCUACCAAGAGACACUUCAGAAUUUGGGACUGAAGAAAAAGCCGGAAGAUCACAUACUAUGA